CAGCAGCCGCCAGCACCCUGACUGUACCAGAAGCUACGUGAGAGCUGCAGUGACGUCACGCAGUGGGCGGCGCCGCAGCUGGCAGAGAGAGGUAACGCGGUGACGCAGGAGCUAGAGAACCGUCCGUGUGUCCGCUGUCGCAGCUCUGUUGCAAUCUCAGCCGCUGCCGUUCGCCUGAGCUGGCGAUAGGCGCGGCGUGUCGCCAGUCGCGACAUGCUGGUUGCCGGAACGCCGGAGGGGAGGAAGGCGGAGAGCGCCCGGUGAGGGCAGAGACCCAUUCCCACCUCGUGCAGGGGCUCCCUCAUCUCUGCUGCAGGAUGGAGACCCAGCACCGCCACCACGGGGCCGCCGAGCCGCUUCCCCCGGGCAGCCAGGACCCUCACCGCCCCACCGGGGGGAGCGAUCCGGAGCUGCUGCGGAAAGACCCCGGCCACAACAAGUUACUGAACGGCUGCGUCCCGCUCUCGCAUCAGGUGGCCGGCCAUAUGUACGGCAAGGAUAAAGUUGGCAUACUGCAGCAUCCUGAUGGGACUGUCUUAAAACAAUUACAGCCUCCACCUCGUGGACCAAGAGAACUGGACUUCUAUAACAUGGUUUUCACAAGUGACUGCACUAAUCCUAAACUCUGUGACCUGCAGACUUUUUUACCAAAAUAUUUUGGCAUAUGGUCACCACCAGGAUCUACAAAUGAUCUGUAUUUAAAACUGGAAGAUGUAACUCGUAAAUUUAGCAAGCCAUGUAUUAUGGAUGUCAAAAUAGGCCAAAAGAGUUAUGAUCCGUUUGCAUCGGCUGAGAAGAUUCAACAGCAAGUCAGCAAGUACCCCCUGAUGGAAGAGAUUGGUUUCCUGGUAUUGGGCAUGAGGGUUUAUCAUAUUGAUUCUGAUGGAUACGAAACAGAAAACCAGCACUAUGGACGGAGCUUAACAAGAGAUACUGUAAAAGAUGGUAUGUCAAAAUUCUUCAAUAACGGUUAUCAUCUGAGAAGAGAUGCCGUCUCUGCCUGCCUCCAGAAAGUGCAGAGCAUUCUGCAGUGGUUUGAGAACCAGGACACCCUUAAUUUUUAUGCAAGCUCGCUACUCUUUGUUUAUGACGGUUCUUGCCCACAAAUAACAAGGAGAUCCAUUGAUGGAAACGUCUUUGAGAAGAGAGUUAUUCCUCAAGAGCUUUUUACAGAUGAGGAGGUACUGGAGUGUAAUAAUAACAUUAGUAUGUUGAGAUCUAUGGAGAAUGGGAGGAAUGAGGAAUCAGUGGAGAAAAAUCUGUCUAGAAUUUAUGCUGUGCACAAGAAGACGUGUCCCAAGAGACCACACAGCCAAGCAUUUAUGGAAGGAGAGAUUUUGGACCAAGACAAAGCCUGGAAGAGUCACAACCGUAUUCCACCAGAACAUCUCAAUGGAAAUCUUCUAUCUAAACUGGAAAAUGUACUUUGCCAUGUUUCAGCAGAGCUGAAGGAGAGCACGCAGGUCGAUGUGAGAAUGAUUGAUUUUGCCCAUGUGUUUCCAAGUAAUGAAAAAGACUUUGGCUAUAUUUAUGGAUUGAAGAACUUAAUUGAGGUCUUGCAGAGCAUUUUAAUUGAGUAACUUUUAAAUGUAAUUGUGAAUGGGAGCCAAUGACCAGAUAAUCAAGAAUAUUUGCACUCGUAAUUGUGGUAAUUUUUUUUAUCUCUUCUCCUUUCUAUUGUGGUGAAAUUGAUUUUCCUCUUUCUAAUAUUACUCAGGAAAUUUCAGGCGAUACAUAAGGCAUUAGGGAACAUGUCCAUUAGUUGAGGGUUAGCAAAUAGGAAUGCUGUUGCAUCAGUAGUAGAAUAGACCUGAAAACAUGGGAAUAUAAUGUUGCCUUUUUGACAUCCAUUAGAUCUGAAUUUGGGACCAUUCUUACAAGACACUAAUUUACCUAAAAUUGCCCAUUGCUAUUUUCCAUGAAGAUGAAACUGUGCCUUCUCACAAAAGUCACACUGUUCUCGUAGUCUCAGACCAAAAUUAAUUUUCUAACCCGAAAGUGGUACGGAGUGUAACAAGCUGAAAUGAACCUUUGCUGUUACAUAAUAAUGGAUCUCAACAUAGUUUAUAAGUAGACACUUGGGGCAAAUUAAGUGCGAGAUCUGGAAGGAGCCUCAUGUUAUGGUACUAAAGCAUUGCUUAUUUUGAGCUGUGAAGAGAAAUUAUGAAAUGUUUAAUAUCUGGAAAUGUGUGCAUCCUUGCAUUACACACUACUCCCAUGGGAUUUAGUGCUUGAUUUGAAUCUGCCUCAUUGUGUUCAUUAAACCUUCCAGGAAUAAAUAUGGAAAAGCUCUUA